AAUGAACAUAAUAUAUAUUAUUGAAUUUUUGUUAUGAAUAAUGCAUAUUGGGAACAAGUGAGCAAUGUGAACAGAGAGUUGGGAGUACAGUGAUAGGCAGUCAGGGAGGUGAAGCCCCAUUGCAUAUAUAAAUCCUAUAUCCUACAGAAGAUAAUUAAAUAUAUCUUAAAUGUUAAAUAACUAAACUGUAAAUUACAUUAUUUUAAAAUUUUUAGAAUAUAACUUUUGAAUAUUAUUGUGCUGUAAAAUGGAAUGUAGUGGUUUCUAACAUUUUAAAGGGUUACUUUGAAUGUUUACGAGCUGAAUCGAGUAGCAGCGGUAUUGACGUCACCAUGAUCUGUCCCGGACCCACAUUUGCACAGACACUUUUGUCAAAAGCUUUCACUGGAAAAAGUGGAGAAACGUUUGGAGGACAACAGGAAUCAAACGAGAAACGCAUGCCCACCUCGCGAUGUGCCCAUUUGAUUUCUGUGGCAAUUGCCAACAGAGUCGAUGAGGCCUGGAUAUCUUUGCAGCCAAUCCUGUUUGUCUUUUAUCUAGCACAAUAUACUCCCACAUUUUUUAGAAGUUUCCUUGUGAAGAAAUUUGUGACCAAAGAAAGAGCAGCUGCAUGGAGAGAAGGACAAUCUUAAUUUGAGUGAAACAGCAUCAGUUUUCUAAUUAUUAAGUUUAGAAUAUUAUAGGGUUAAAGGUGGAUUUGCAAUGUGUUAAUUACUCUGUUUUUUCUACAAGAUUAUGGUCUUUGAUUCACUCAUUUUUUAUGAAAAUAAUUUUAAUUUCAUAUCUAUCAACUGUCAAAAAUAACAAUUAUAAUCAAUGAUUGUGGGUACCAUGCAUGGUUUGAUUUUAUAAAUUAAUUCGUCUUUUGCAAGUAAUCAACAGUUACCCAUAAACUUUAAACAAAUUCUAUGCAUGAUUUAACACAUGCUAAAAUGUUUGUAUGAAAAUGUUUUAUAAAAUAAUGUAUAAAACACUACAAUAAAUUUAUAUAAUUAAUA